UUUUCCUGGUUGAGUACUUGUUCAAUUUUUACUUUACGUGAUAUCGUUUCGGUUUUGUCCUACCGCUGCUAUCGCUUGCAUUACUGAUACCAAAGGAUGCGGUCGUGGGUUUUUGUGGCCGUCACACUUGCCUUUGUGGGUGCCAUUCAAGCUGCCAUCUAUCCAUGGAUUCCGCUGUCGCCUUGGUGGUUUCGAGCACCGGAUAAAGACACACCACCGGUAGUUAAUAUCCAGCAGCAGGGAGGAAACUACCAAUUGAGUAGCGUCGAAGGAAAAGCAUAUCACGCCCUGUCUCCGGCAACAGUAGUUCAGCCUCCGGUGUCUGCAGUUCACGUUCAAUCCGUUCCCUCAGCAUCGCUUCAGUAUCUCCAGAACGGGCAAGCUAUCCUAUUGAUAUCACCCCAGGUUCCACCAUCUUCCGGAGGACAGGGAGGAGCCGGCGACAGCAAUUCAGAAACCGGAACAGACAAUCCUGAAGGUGAACCGACUGAACCUAACAACGUUGCAGAUCAGGAGCCACCUAGAGAGCCUGCUCCGGUUACAGAACAGUCAGAAGAUUAUGCGACAGAGAGCUCGUAGGAAUUAAAAAUUGUGAUUUUGCAUGAUAAAAUAUAACAUUUAGUGUGUUCUGGCGAGUGUUCAUAAAAAAAAAACAAUUGAAAAAAUGUUUGUUGUUCAAGAAAUCAUACAUGAUAUGCACGUACUCCAAUAAACAGAGCCAAAUACAUUUGUAAAAUGUGGAAAUAGA